AUGGUUGGAGUUCAGCCACAACCCAAAGCUCCUCAAAAAUUUGUGGGAAAUCCUUCAAAUGAUGGUCGCCUUGGAAACCAGUUGUUCCACUUGAUCAUCGGCUAUGGGAUUGCUAGGAAAUUGAACAGAACUCAGUACCUUCCAUUAGCGGGAUCGCGAAAGCAUGCCGAAAAAUACCUUGCCUACCUACACAAAAUUUUUCCUCGCUUAAAUCAGACCUAUGUUCUCACUAAGAAAGGCAUCAAACAAAGGAAGGUGAAAUUUGGCGGAUUUUGGAACUACGAUGAUCCCUUGAGGCUGAAAAACUUCUCCGAUCAAUACCUGCUGCUAACGGCCAGUUUCAUGAGGAAUCGCAGAUAUUUUGACGACUAUCUCGAGGAUGUACGCGAGAUUUUACAGUUUUCAGAAGAAGUGAAACAGAAUGGAAGUAACGUACUUCGUUCCCUGGAAAAGUGCUGA